AUGGACAUUCGCUCGUUUUUUCAGAAGAAACCUCCUAGCAUUAGUAGCAAGAAGAAGGUAGUGACACCAGCCAAAUGUACUAAUGGACUCGUGUGUCAUUUGCCAGCCAAGCGAGCGGAACCAGAGCCAACACCUUCAUCAUCACGUCGUACAACUCGUCGCACUUCGAAACAGAAUGUCGUAGUACUGGACGACAGUGAUGAAGACGACGACGACGUUAGUACCAAACGUAAAGCUGUAGCCAAGAACCACAAGACAAAGAGGACAAUUGACUCGGACAUCGACAUGAAGUCCAGUGACAAUGAAGUGGUGGACGUGAAGCUCAAGCGAAAAGCGACGCAGCGGAAGCGAUUGUGUCGUGGGGAUCAAAACGAUGAAGAAAUGCCAAAAGUGGAGCUAAAAGUAAUGACAGACAAUAGCCAAAACGUUGCAAGCUCGACUACAAGUGGCUCUGCUUCAGAGGAAGCUAUUGUGAAGCAGGAAAGUGCGUUGAAAAAGGUUCCGGCUCCGUGCUCAGGAUGUCUUGAUGGCAAGACGUUCGUCUUCUCGGGUGUAUUUGAAAAUCUGUCACGGGAGGAUGUCAUGCAUCUUGUUAAGAGUUGUGGUGGGUCUGUUGCAAAAACCGUGACGCGUAAUACGAAACAUUUGGUGAUUGGUGCCACGUUGGAACAGGGUGGAAAUGUGACGGAGGGAUUCAAGUACCAGGAAGCUGUAGCCAAGAAUGUGCAAAUCUUGACACAGAAUGAAUUUUACAAUCUCAUUACCGAAGCUUCGGCAGUUCAACAGGCACAAGACCUGGCGACUGAGAAAAAGAAGAUGAAGGCGGAAGCUGCAGAUACCUCGUCUUUAAAGGACAAAAACAAGCUAAACUCAUUGAUUAAUACCGAGUUGUGGACUGACAAGUACAAGCCCCGGACACUUGAUCACAUGAUUGGCAAUAUUGAGCUAGGAAAAAAGCUAAAGAUGUGGCUUCUGGACUGGGAGGCAAUGCACGUGAAAGGGACGAAGAAGAUCCCAUUUUCGACAAAGUUGUCGGAGAACCGCGGAGCGAAGACGGUGCUGUUGUCGGGACCUCCUGGUAUUGGUAAGACCACGAUUGCGAACCUGGUUGCUCGCGAGUGUGGAUUCGAAUGCACUGAGCUGAACGCGAGUGACACUCGUAGUAAAAAAAUGCUGCAAACCGGGCUCAAAGACGUGCUAGGUACACAAGCACUUCGAUUCGAUGCGCCGAAAGGGAAAUCCAAAGGAAAAAUGCAUUUAGCACAUCGCGUGAUCAUCAUGGACGAGGUCGACGGUAUGUCCGGUGGCGAUCGUGGUGGUACGGCGGAACUUAUACAGCUCAUCAAGAAGUCGAAGGCUCCAAUUAUUUGCAUUUGCAACGACCGGCAAAGCCAAAAGGUUCGCUCACUGGCAAAUCAUUCGUUUGAUUUGCGUAUGCGGCGUCCCACAAAGGUUCAAAUUGGCAAGCGAAUGAUGGAGAUUGGCUUGAAAGAAGGGUUGCACAUGGAAAAGAACGCAAUCGAAGAAGCUGCCGACCGAUGCGGCAAUGAUAUUCGACAAUUGCUGACGCAGAUGCAAAGAUGGCGACUUACCACCACUAAUAUCACCUAUGCUGAUUUGGUAAACCCGUCCUCGCAGCACAACAAAGAUGAAUGUCUGCGACUAAACCCUUUCAGCGCAACACAGCAGAUAUUUCAGCGUGAUCUUUCUUUCGAUUCGAGAAAUGAAGCGUAUUUCGUCGACUACGACUUGAUGCCGCUGAUGGUUCAGGAAAACUACAUUCAAAGUAUUAUGAAUAACCGGACGUCGUCAGAUACAAACCUGGAAGCAGCGAUGCACGCGUCGGAGUUCAUUUCAGAAAGUGACCUUCUGAAUACGUAUGUCCGGGUGGAGCAGCGUUGGGAUCUGCUUACAAAGCAAGCCGCGAUGAACGUUGGUGCUUGUAUAUACUCGGCUGGAUUCGUUGGUCACCCAGAGUUUUCCAAAUGGUUAGGAAAAAACUCCUCGGCUUCCAAGUCAAAGCGAUUGCUAAGCGAGUUGUCAGUCCGAAUGAGAUCGCACGCCUCGGGAUCCCGAGAAGUCAUCCGCCUCGACUACGUGCCGUAUAUGAAGGAGAUCCUUUUGAAAAAGCUACUGUUAGGGGAAGACAACAUCCACGAGGUGAUUAACCUGCUAGAUGAGUGCGAAAUCACCCGCGAAGACCUUACGGAGUCUAUGGAAAGCUUCAAGUUCCCUGGUGUAAAACGACACUCUUACUCGGAGCUCGACUCCAAGGCGAAGACGACGUUCACGCGAAUGUACAACAAGGCAUCUCAUAAAUCCCAAGCAGUUGUGGAGUCGGUUCUUGGGUCAACCACCAUCAAGAAGGGACGAGGGAAGGCUAAUGCCGUCAAAGACGAGGAGAAUGGUCUACGUCCGCCGUCGGACGCAGAGAGUGAGCCAGACGAGGAGGUAGACUUGGAUGUUAGCAAAUUUCAGAAAAAGCCGCGGGGCGGCGCAAAGCGCAAGGCUCCUGCUGCUACAGGAAAAAAGGCGCCACGCAAAGCACCGGCAAAGAAGCGCUGCACUUAG